GAGGAGGUGGCUGCUGUCGUGGAGGUUGCGACUGUCUUCGCACGGGUGUCGCCGCAGCAGAAGGAGCAGGUAGUAGUGGCGCUCAAUACAAAAUCCCACACCGUCAUGGUGGGAGAUGGCACCAACGAUGUUGGCGCACUCAAGCACGCACACGUUGGAAUCUCCCUCAUGACGACCAGCAUCAUUCCGCGCAUGCCGACGAGGCCGCAGGCGCAGAAAUCCGUCAACGAGAUGCUGGCGGACAAUGGUCAGGUUCCCCUGGUGCGGCUUGGCGAUGCCAGCAUCGCCAGUCCUUUCACAUACAAGGGCGAUUCCAUCAAAUGCAGCAUUCAAGUGUUGCGGAGCGGCCGUGCAACACUCUGCUCAGUCCUCAUGAUGUACAAGAUCAUGGGCCUGAACAGUAUCCUUUCCGCCUUUGCCAU